AACUCCAAGUUAUUCUGACUGCACCAGAGCACCAACCGUUCAACCUCCUGCCUGUAUGCAGACUCGUUUCUAUCUUGGAUGAGGCCUAUGACCGUAGUGCCAUCUGCAAAUUUCAGGAGUUUUACAGUUGGGUCCAUAGAGGUGUAGUAGUUGGUGUAAGGGGGAAAAGCAGUGGGAAGAGGACACAUCCCUGAGGAGUGCCAGUGCUGAUUGACUGCAUGCCAGAAGUGACUGCCCCCAGCCUUACUUGUUGUUCCUUGCCUGUCAGGAACCUGGUGAGCCACUGACAUAUGGCAAGUGAAACACUGAGCUGGGACAGUUUGGAGGAGAGGAUUUCUGGAAUUAUGGUGUUGAACACUGAGCUGAAAUCUAUGAACAGGAUUCUUGUGUAGGUCCCUGGUAAUCAAGAUGUUGCAGGAUGUAGUGCAGUCCCAUGUUGACUGCAUCAUCCACUGACCUGUUUGCCUGCAAACAAACUGCAGGGGGUCAGUAGGUGACCUGUAAUGCUCUUCAGAUGGACCAACACUAGUUGUUCAAAGGACUUCAUGACCACAGAUGUCAGAGUGACAGGCCUGUAGUCAUUUAGUCCUGUGAUGGAGGGUUUCUUGGGGACUGGAAUGAUGGUGGAGCACUUGAAGCAGGAGGGGACUUGACAAAUCCUCUCAAGGGAUCUAUCGAAGAUCUGUAUAAAGAUUGGAGCCAGUUGGUCAGGAGAGGGAGACUCCAUCUGGGCUUGGUGCUUUCUUGAUUUUCUGACUCUGGAAGAGCCAACUCGCAUCCUCUUCACACACCAACAACAACCUACAAUAAAAAUCUAACACUAAUAGUGACUGCUUGUGAUGAUCCUGCAGGCCUUUCUCAUUUCUGUCAGGUCCGACAUCAUGUUGUCACUGUUCCUGUUGUCCCUACCUCUGCUCCCUGUGGUCAUCACACUUUGCAACUCACCACUGCGAGCCCUGUAUCGUUGUGUGUAUGAGAGAGUUCUGAAGGUCCUCCGUGGGAAAGUAUGUGUCAGACGCACGCAUGCCUACGUCUUCUCUGAGUGUACCCAUGGUCAAGCUGAAAGUGUGCUGGCCACGUUUGACCUUUACAGCAAAACAAAUGCAUCUUUCAGCAUUGGGCCAGAAAAAGGUGUGUUCCUGGAUGAUGUGGUACGACGCGAGGCUCCUCACAGGGUGCUGGAGUUAGGCAUGCACUGUGGCUACACCUCUGUCCGAAUAUUGCGUCUGCUUCCCAUCUCCGGCAAACUGCUCACGGUGGAGAUGGAUCCGCUUGCUGCCGAGAAAGGCGAGGAGAUCCUACUUGUUGCAGGAUUCAAAAAUUCACAAUUUCUAGUGCUACCUUGCUCCUCAGAUGAAGCCAUCUCCAGGUUAGCAUCUCACCUUGGUGAGGACCGUUUGGACCUAGUGGUGAUGGAUCACAACCCUCAACAGUAUCUCCCAGACCUUCUGGCCCUUCAAAGACAGAAUCUGCUCUCUAAGCGCAGUGUCCUCAUAUUAAACCGAGUUGUGGAAGCUGGGGCUCAGGUCAUGCUGGACUAUCUCACCACCAAGCCACACAACUAUGCCAUGUGCCAGCAGGUGAAAGACAUACUGGAGAUCCACUGUCAUACAGAUACUCAUCUCCACAGAGAAGAGAGUUAAUAUGAUACAGGCUGUGAUUUUAGGUCUGAAAUAUACAGUGAGUGCAUCCACAUGUGCAAUGGAUGAUAGUUUGAGUUCAAAAGAUGGAAAUUCCGUAUAAUUUUAAACAUAACAUUUUGUAAAAGAUUUUUAAAAAAUUAACUUUUCUUGCAUUUUUCAGCUCUGUCACUGUCAUUGCUCUUUACAGGUGUAAUUUUUAUGCUUAAAAGCAUUUCAAUAUUUAUCAUAAUAAUUGUGAAUAUUCAAAUCAUUUCACUGUCUUGCUAAUUUCUUCAUUUCAGAUGGCAAAUCACAAUUUUUCUGGUCUGAAAAUUAACCCUUUCAAGCUGGGACAGAGCAACUCAUGUCUGAUUAAUAGCCAAACCAUGAGACUUGUGAAUAAACCCAAAUAAUUGCUUG